AUGAUUGGCGUUCUCAUGUUUUUGAAUUCAAGAGGGGACGUUGCUCUUUCCCGCACGUUUCGCGAUGGUUUCAGCGUGCGAGGCCUUGCCGAGAGCUUUCGUAACCGGCUCAUCUCAACCAGCGAGGUAGAGCGUAGUCCCAUCAAUAUUCUGGAUGACCUUUGCUAUGUGCACGUGCGAUACCGAGAUGUGUACGUGGUCCUCGUGUCUGACGGAAACACCAAUUGCUUUGCCUGUUUCCAGUACUUGUUGCAGCUUUUGGGGGUCUGUCAAGCAUACUUGGACACCAUCAGCGAGGAGACGCUUAAGGACAAUUUUGUUGCAUUACAGCAAAUUAUUGACGAAACGAUGGACUUUGGGUAUCCACAGACGAUGGAGGCGGAGUUAUUGAAAACAUUUAUUGGCGUCAAGGGUAUCAACAUUGCACUGAUGAAGAAGCCGGAGCAAUCGGAGCGUGUGACAGCGCGACUGACGGGGAAAAUGCCGUGGAGAAAAAGGGACCUCUUUUACCGCGUGAAUGAAAUAUUUAUUGACGUCUCUGAGGAACUAUAUGUGUUGGUCUCCCAGAGGGGCCAGGUGUUGGAGAGUAAUGUUGUUGGAAGCGUCAUGGUAAAAAACUUUUUAUCGGGCAUGCCCGAGUGUCAGAUUGAGCUCAACGACGAUUUUAAUCUGAACGACGCCUCUUAUCAUCCGUGUGUUUCUUUGCAAGCGGAUCGGACUAUUUCCUUUGUACCGUUGGACGGCAAGUUUUUGCUGAUGCGGUACCGCGCCGCCUUAGCUUCUUCGCCUCCGCUGAAGGUGCUGCACACACACGUCAGGGAGGUAUCGAAAACACGCACAGAAAUUGACUUUGGGCUGAAGUGUGAUAUAAAGGAGGGGAUGCGGUGUGACGAUGUGGAAAUACGCAUUCCGUGCCCUGAAAACACGGCAGACGUAAAAUUGAGUGUUGCACGGGGUAGAGUACAGUUUGACGGCGUUCAACAUGCCGUUAUUUGGAAAUUGCCGAGUGUCUCUCAAAAUGACGAGGAACUGUUGCUUACUGCCGAGAUUGUCUUGCUCGCCCCGACCAUCGCCACUUCAGAGCAGGUGUGGUCGCGUCCCCCCAUCAAGAUUAGUUUCACAACUCCCUCCCAUGUACUCAGUGGAUUUAGGGUGAAGGAGCUGCGGGUAGAGGAGCCGUUGCUCCGCUACUCAGCUUCCAAGUGGGUUCGCUAUUUGACAACAACAGGCCAAUACGAGUGGCGGCUGUAA